AUGGAUGACGACGGUUUAAUCUUGAAUUUCGCUCCAGCUGAAGAAGGCGUGGUUGCUAAUACUCCAAAGAACACAAAGGUUACUGGAGGCUCAUGGAAAGAACGGCGCAAUUUGAAACUCAAACUCCAGGGAAGAGAAAGAAAACCUGGUUCUGGUGUGAACAGUAUCCGGGUAAAGAAUGAGAAGUUCGACAAGCUCAAAGCCGAGGCAGACAGGAUGAUGGCAGAGCAUGAAGGCAGUAAUAAGAAGAAAUCUUUUGAUAGACGGAGAGAUAAUGACCGGAAACCAGCAAAAAAGUUCGAUGCUGACAAGGAACCAGAUUCCAAGAAGAGAGAAUCCGAGACUCCUUUAGGAAUCUCCGGUAAGAAGGCCAAAUUCGCUGAAUCUUCCGGAGCUCGUGGAGGAAACAAUAACUCGUAUGUGUCAUCGUUAUUCACAUCGAACAAAACAAGUGAAACCUUGAAAGAAACUACUGGUUCCCAGACUGCUUACACUCCUUCCAAUGCUCCCCUUCGGGAUUCUAGUACAUUUGCUGGAUUGGGUCUCAACGAGAAGUUGGUCACACAUUUGACUGGUUCCAUGAGAUAUUUAGCACCAACGAAGGUUCAGAGAGCUGUUGCGCCAGUAAUGCUCACUUCUGCAACUGAUUUGUUUGUGAAAGCCCAGACAGGUUCAGGUAAGACGCUUGCAUUUGUGUUGCCCAUUGUGGAAAAAUUAAUGGCCGAAGCUGAGCAAAUUAAUCGCCAAAGCGGAUUAUUUGCGCUUAUUUUGACCCCAACUAGAGAGCUUGCAUCCCAAAUUUACUCGGUGUUGGAGUCACUUCUACGCUGCCACCACCACAUUGUGCCAGGAAUCGUGGUUGGUGGAGAGAAGAAAAAGUCCGAGAAGGCUAGAAUUAGAAAAGGUGUCAAUAUCAUGGUUGCCACGCCUGGUCGUUUGGCAGACCAUCUUGAAAAUACUUCCUCGUUUGACAUUUCGCAGGUUAGAUGGUUGGUCUUAGAUGAGGGUGACAGACUUGUUGAGCUAGGAUUCCAGGAGACAAUUACAAAGAUUACAGAUCAAUUGUCCAGAUCUUCCAAGGUCAUGGACACCAUGCACAAGUGGCCUGGGUUGCCCACACGUCGUGUAAACGUCUUGUGUUCUGCUACCAUGCCAGAAGACGUCAAAAAAUUGGGAAAUACUGUGUUGAAUAACCCCAAGAUGAUCUCUCUUGAUCGCGAGAGUACAGACACUAGCAACGCAACUGCCCCAGAUCAACUCAUCCAGAAGGUCAUGGUUGUUCCACCUAAAUUGAGAUUGGUCACUUUAAGUGCUGUUCUUAAGAACGUCACUAAACAAAGAGGAGAGGCUGUUUCUAGAACAAUUGUCUUCUUCUCCUGUUCUGACUCGGUGAACUUCCAUUUUGAGGUAUUUGCUAGAGGCGGGAAAGCUCUUCGCCGCAAGCAGAAGGAAACUCAAGUUACAGAAAAGAACGAAAAGGACGAAAAGGACGACAAGGCCAAGGAAGACACUCCUGAAUCUUGUGUUUCGACCGCUCCAGAGAUUUCUAAGGAUGCCAUCGUUUACCGUUUGCAUGGAUCGUUGUCUCAACAAUUACGUACAUCCACUCUCCAGCAAUUUGUGCAAAAUGAAGGGGAAAACGAAGGAAAGCAUCUCGUUCUAUUCUGUACCGAUGUUGCUUCUAGAGGUUUAGAUUUGCCAGAUAUCUCUCAUGUGGUGGAGUACGAUCCACCUUUUGCUCUCGAUGACCAUUUACACAGAAUCGGACGUACGGCAAGAGCUGGUAAGAAGGGUGAAGCAACGCUUUUCUUGUUGCCUGGAGAGGAAGAAGGGUAUGUUGAGGGCAAACUUCGAACUGUGCAUCCUAAGCAAGGAAGUUUACGAAUUGUAGGCUACGAGAAGGGCCUCGAGGCAGCUUUCGCAGAUGAAUCUGCCGAGCCAGCAUCCAAAACGGAUCCCAAAGCGAAGAAUGGAAAGUGGGAUAUCCAGGCCACCACCUGGCAUCUUGAAGUGGAGAGAUGGCUCUUAGAGGACUCAGCUGCUCUCGAAAGAGCUCUGCAUGCUUUCGUGUCUCACAUCAGAGCUUAUGCCACACACUUGGCAGCUGAGAGAAUGUAUUUCAAUGUGAAGCUUUUGCACUUGGGACAUUUAGCAAAGAGCUUUGGAUUACGUGAGACCCCUAAGAAAUUGGGACGUCAAAGUGGACAAGUCAAUGAGCUGACCCACAAGAAGAAAGAAGAUCCAAGAAAGAAGAUGUUGAGAAUGGCCCGUUUAGCAGAAAAAUCAAACACUUCCGAGUUCAACUAUUAA